CACUAAUACGAUAAACACUCCACGAAGAAAAAAGCCUAAAGCAAUGGCCGUACAGUGGAUAGACAGAUACGAUCUGUGGAAGAACAAGGCUCGCGUUUUACAACUCCAGCUCAGGCAGCGGUUUCGGGUAGCGGUUGAUCGCCGCCGUCGCGAACGCAAUACAAUGUUUGCUGACCGUUACUUCUCUUCCACGGUUCAACGCUCGCUCCGUCGCUUCCGUGACUUCCGUCGCGAUUCUCUCCCUUCUUCCUCCGCUUUCUACCGCAAACGAGUGAGUAAAGACUUUAAUGUGGAGGAGGACUCGGUUAUUUUUCGAAUGCUUCAAGCUGUGGCCGUUCCUUUUAUUGGAAAUGUUUGCCAUGUUUUUAUGAAUGGUCUCAAUCGUGUUCAAGUUUAUGGCCUUGAAAAAUUGCAUGAUGCAUUGCUUAAUAGACCUAAGAACAAACCCCUUAUAACGGUAAGCAAUCACGUUGCUUCUGUGGAUGAUCCGUUUGUCAUUGCUUCAUUGCUUCCUCCGAGAGUUCUGCUGGAUGCUCAGAACUUGAGAUGGGCAUUAUGUGCAUCUGAUCGGUGUUUCAGUAAUCCUGUGACUUCUGCAUUCUUUCGUUCUGUAAAAGUGUUGCCAGUGUCUCGUGGUGAUGGGAUUUAUCAGAAGGGCAUGGACAUGGCUAUUUCAAAAUUGAAUACUGGUGGAUGGGUUCACAUUUUCCCAGAAGGUAGUCGUUCUAGAGAUGGUGGAAAAACUGUGAAAUCUUCCAAGAGAGGUGUUGGGAGGUUGGUUCUAGAUGCAGACACUGCCCCAAUUGUCCUGCCAUUUGUGCAUACUGGAAUGCAAGAUGUUAUGCCUAUAGGAGCCAAUUUCCCAAGAAUUGGCAACACGGUGACAGUUCUAAUUGGAGACCCUAUAAAUUUUGAUGAUCUGCUCAAUGCGGAAGAAACGACAGAUUCAUCAACAGGGAAGCUCUAUGAUGCUGUAGCCUCUAGAAUUGGGCACCAACUGCGGAAUUUAAAAGUACAAGUUGACAAAUUAGCGCUUGAACAAUCCAUCCGAUUAGAGAACCAUCACAAGGAUGGUGCAGAAAGGGCAGCUGACAUCUUGCACCAGAUAGAUUGGUAUCCAUUUGGCUUAGGAAGUGAUGAAUGUAUGGUGGAUGAUGAAUCAUCGAGAGAAGAGACCCGAGUUCAGCUGAAGCUGACUGCUGCCUGUCCUGAAGAGUCCACUCCUGAUCGAUAUUUCAGAAUUGGGUUUUCCUGUGAAGGUGGAAUCACAUCAAGAAUUCGCAGCUACAUGGAACCAACUGAACUGAUGGGUUUUGCAGCAAGAGGAUUGUUUAUGAACCGCAGACCAAAGGAAAAUUCUGCUAGCGUUAGUGAUAUACGCCCACUGAGGGCUUGGAAACAGUUUUUGGAAGCUAAUUUGUUCCAACAAUGGAAUACCUGCUAACAUGUAAAGGUCGAAUAUGUACUAGGCAAAGCAUAGAACCUUUUAUCGCUAAACAAAAAGAAUAUAUUGUAUGUAAAUAAAAAAGAUUGAUAUUCAAAGGUUCGGUUAAACAGCAGUUUUGG